UGAACAUCGACCGUGGAAGUUGACUGCAUGUACCAAGCGCUGCGCUGAAGAAGUGUUCCAAAUACAUGUGAGACCAGCGCGUGCAGCCAGCAGCAGCAGCAGCAGCGGCGUCACUUGCCACAAAACCAGCCGCGUUCUAAGUUCCCAAUCAUCAUCUGUGCAUCAUCACAGCCAGUAAGCCACCCAGCGUAGCCCGCCCGCCAGACGUCCCACACACGCAGCUACUAACUUAGCCAAACUUAAUACAUAUAAUAACAAAAAAUACAAGCACAGUUAUUCAAUUACUUUGGCUGCGGUUCACAGAAACGGCAACAUUAUUUAAACAGUAGAACGGCAGCGGGGACACAGCAACAACAAAAUGCCGCCAAAUACGAAAGCGGAAGAGCCAGCGCCAGCGCCAGCAGCUGAGACAACGGCGGAGCUGGAGACAGCAAAUCAAAAGGUUGAAGAAACGACACAGCACCAGCAUCACAAGUUCCGUGAACUGGACCAGCAGGAAGAAGCAGCCGCCGCAGCUGCAGCCGCAGAAAGUCAAAGAAUCUCACAAGUGGAAUCAACAACGCCAAGACCAACCACAACAGAGGCUGAGGAAGCCGCCACCACCUCCGUGCCCGUGAUCAAAAAGAUCGAACAUGCCGGUGAGGUGGUCACCGAAGCUAUAGCCGAACGAACCGGCCUGCCCACAUGGGGCGUGGUGGCCAUUAUAAUACUCGUAUUCCUCGUCGUCUUUGGUAUCAUAUUCUUCUGUGUGCGCAGAUUCCUGAAGAAGCGAAGAACCAAAGAUGGAAAGGGUAAGAAGGGUGUCGAUAUGAAAUCGGUACAGUUAUUAGGAUCAGCGUACAAAGAGAAAGUUCAGCCUGAUAUGGAGGAACUCACCGAAAAUGCCGAAGAAGGCGAUGAGGAAGACAAGCAGAGCGAGCAGAAAUUGGGGAGACUCAACUUUAAGCUCGAAUACGACUUCAACUCGAACAGUUUGGCCGUCACUGUCAUACAAGCUGAGGAGCUGCCCGCGCUCGAUAUGGGCGGAACUUCGGAUCCCUAUGUCAAGGUCUAUCUAUUGCCCGACAAAAAGAAAAAAUUCGAGACGAAAGUGCAUCGCAAAACGUUGAGUCCGGUCUUUAAUGAAACGUUUACAUUCAAGAGUUUACCCUAUGCCGAUGCCAUGAACAAGACGCUCGUAUUCGCAAUCUUCGAUUUCGAUCGCUUCUCCAAACACGACCAGAUUGGAGAAGUCAAGGUGCCGCUCUGUACCAUCGAUUUGGCGCAAACGAUUGAGGAAUGGCGUGAUCUGGUCAGCGUUGAGGGUGAAGGUGGACAGGAAAAGCUUGGUGACAUUUGCUUCUCUCUGCGUUACGUGCCGACCGCUGGAAAACUAACCGUUGUUAUCUUGGAGGCCAAGAAUCUGAAGAAAAUGGACGUCGGUGGAUUGUCUGAUCCAUAUGUGAAAAUUGCAAUCAUGCAAAAUGGCAAACGUUUGAAAAAGAAGAAGACAAGUAUCAAAAAAUGCACCCUCAACCCUUACUAUAAUGAGUCGUUCUCAUUUGAAGUACCAUUUGAACAAAUACAAAAAAUCUGUCUUGUUGUUACCGUUGUGGAUUACGAUCGUAUUGGUACCUCUGAACCCAUUGGACGCUGUAUACUUGGCUGCAUGGGCACUGGCACUGAGCUCCGCCAUUGGUCCGAUAUGUUGGCCUCACCUCGUCGACCCAUUGCACAAUGGCACACUCUCAAGGAUCCUGAGGAAACUGAUGAGAUACUGAAGAAUAUGAAGUAAAGCGCUACACGGCUGAAAAUCGCAGACUUACAGCACAUCUAUCAAAUCUACGUUAAUGGAAACAACCAAAGAACUCUCAAGCGAACCGUCAACAUAUUUAUCACAUUUAUGCAUCAUCAGCUGAUCCCGAAACAAACAACAACACACCAACAAUCAAAUAAAAUUAGCCCCACACAGUUAAUAAUAUCGUAGUUAUUGCAAGUCGUACAACCUGGUAACGAAUUUUUCCAACAAAAACAACAACAACAACUUCUUCUACGACAAAUCAAUCAAAGCAGCAGUAAAAACGUAACUUAAUGAUUAAGUUUUGGAUUUCUUUAAAGCAAUGUUCCGCUUCUCUUCCUAACUUGAUGCAUCGCCUAAAUUAGUGUGUUAAGAAGUCCCAUGAAACUCAUACAAGCCCUUGUUUCCAACACUGGAACUUUGUUGUUGUCUUGAAAUUUGACAAGUUAAUCAAUUGAAAUCGCUAACAAAAUUUUGAGUAUGUUAAAUAAUAUAAUAUUACAAAAUUCAUAUACUCAAAGGAACGUUUUUAAGAUGAAUUCAAAUCGAUCAUCAUUUUAAAAUGUUAAGUUUCAUUCGAUUAUUUAAUUAGAGCAUGUCAGAGAUUAUAAAAACAAAUUAGUCCAAGUUGUUUUUUUUUUCGUCUUUCAUUUUCUCACAAGCUGUUCAAAGUUUAUUAGAGAAUUCAAUGAAAAUAUUAGAAAUAAUUUAAUAAAAUAAAACUUAUAUAAACUGAACAUAAAUGCAACAUAAACUGUUAUGUAAAUUAUUUAAUUUGUUUACUUAUUGAGCAUUAUGUAUUUAACUGUAACUGUGUAAGUAUAUGAAUAAAUUAACUUUAACAAGUAUUUAUAUAUGUAUACAAGUAUUGAAAACCAAAACCAAACGCAAAAAGCAACUGCAUAUGACAUACAUAUUGAGAAAAAUAAAACACACACAAAAAGUAAAUAUAUAAUAUAUAUAUAUAUAAUAUAUUUAUAUAUAUGUAUAAAUAUUAUGUAUAACCCCUACAUAGACUAAUGUUAUGUAUACACAGUGCUGAGUUUUUGGCAAACCGGCAGAUAAUGCAGAAAACAAACAAAAUUAAAAAAGCGAAGAGGAAGAGAUGAAGCGAUAAGUAUAACAACAAAUCCAAAAGCAAAUAACAAAAGUUAAACUUUAAAUCGUGAUUUCAAUGAAAUAUAUCAUCAGUUUAAAAUUAAAAAAUUAACGAACAUUUUAAGCAGUGGCACGCCAAACUACUUAUUUUAUCUUUUUUUUUCAUCUCAAGUUGCAUUUAUUUGAUUGGCUUUCAACUUUCUCUCCCUUUUUUCAUUCCAGCUAACUAACAGUUGUCUUUCUCAUUAGUUUGCUUUCUCUAAAGCUCUAAAGGUUUCUCUAAAUGCUUCCUCUGCCAAUUUCUUCUAACGACUACUCCUCUAUAUCAGUUAGUCAGUCAGUCCUUUUGCAUUGAUUUACAAAACAUCUUAGUCAUAACGAACAUAUACAUACUAACUAAACGAUUAUGGCAAAAUGUUGAAAAAAAAAAAGAAAUAUUAAGAACAAUAAUAGUUAUUACUAUUUAUAUUAUAUAUUCAAGUAAAUAUAUAUAUGUAUGUAUGACAUCUAAACAAUACACAUACACGUAUAUAUAUAAAUAUAAAAUGUUGUGCCAGGCUGCACGAUCGUAACUAAAUUGAACUUUUUUAACAAAAGGAUCAACAAAAAUGCUAUUGAAAAAUGAAAACAAAAAAACGAAAAACGAAAAAAGAUAAGCUAAAUUUGUUGAAAAGGAACAGCAGCUGCAGCAACUCAACAGCAACAAUAAUAAUUAUUUGAUUUUUUCCAUUAUGCAAGUAAAAGAAAUUAACUACUAAAUUAGAUGUUUUUGUCCUGUAUAAAUAUUUGAAAGCAAAUGAUACUUAUAUUUAAAGUAUAAUACAAAUAAUAAUGCUAAUAGUUCGGGCUGUAUGUGUGUAUGUGUAGAACUACCCCAGAAACAAAUACCUACAUAGUAUAUUCACCCACACACACACACACACGCACACACAUACAAUGGCCUCACCUACACCGUUGUAGUUAUGUUCACCAAAAAUACACACACAAAUGCAAUCUAAAUAUUUAUGUAAAAUAAUUCAACUAAAUUUAUGAAAUAUCGCAAAGAAAUGAAAAAGAACAGCAACAAACAAAUGCGUGUUUCAAAAGCAAACAACUUAUAGAGAAAAAAAUUACAAGUAUUGUUCAAUAAAUUUAAAACCCAACAAGAAGAAACUAUGUACUUUCCUUUUCCAGAUAAUUGCUGUAAAUUAAUAAACGAGUCACAAGUACAUAUGUAUUCUAAACAAUAUAGACAUAUGUAUGAACAUUUUAAAGAUGAAUCAGACAAGAAAUCUAACACACCAACAGCAGCAACAACAACAACCAACUAUAUAUACAUAAAUACUUGCAUAUUUAACAAAAUUAUAUGAAUGAUGUUGAUUAUUGAUUUAAACUGAGAAUGAAUAAAAAAUUAUAUAUAUAUACGAAAA